CACGUCGAUUUGUUUUGAUCACGUGACGGUUCAGCCUACGUCUCUACUGUAAACAUGAUGCAACUCCGCGUUAACGUCCAGAAACUCGACGGGACUGGGUGGAAGUGAGGGCUGUGCACGCCGUCUCCUCCGGCCUGACGGGGUUCAGAGUACCGAGGUGCUCCGAGGGUUACACCCGGCCUCAGACACCGACACCGCGGCCACACGCUGCACGGCCCGCCGCCGCCUCCGUCUGUAAGCAGGAAGUUCCUCCGCUAAUUUGGCUUGGCUUUUAGGCUGUGUUCAGCAUGCAGCGACGACAGAGGGGCUCUCAGCUGGGCCUGCUGCUGCUGGCCUCCCAGCUCUUCCAGGUGGGUCUGGACAACAUCCCCCCCGUCACCCUGGCCGUCCUGGGACUCAACGUCUACCUCUACCUGUUCCCUGCCGCUCCACUGAUGCAGGCCUGUGUGAGCGUCCAGCAGGCCUACUGGCAUGGAGAUUGGCUCCGCCUCCUCCUCUCCCCGCUGCACCAUGCAGAUGACUGGCACCUGUACUUCAACAUGGUUUCCUUCCUGUGGAAAGGCAUCAGGUUGGAGCGGCGGCUGGGCGGGGCCUGGUUCCUCUACCUGCUGUCGGUCUUCUCUGUGCUCACCGGAUUGGUCUACCUGGUGUUGGAGGCGGGGCUAACAGAGCUGACCCAGGACUCUUCCUACAGUAUUCAGUGUGCUGUGGGCUUCUCAGGCGUCCUGUUUGCUCUGAAGGUGCUCAGUAACCAUUACCACCCAGGGGGUGUGACCUCUGUGAUGGGUGUCCCUGUGUCCAAUCGCUAUGCCAGCUGGGUGGAGCUGGUGCUGAUCCACCUGACAGCACCUGGGACGUCCCUGAUCGGUCACCUGGCUGGUAUCCUGGUGGGUCUGCUCUACACAGCUGGACCCCUGAAGAAAAUCAUGAAGACAUGUGCAGGGUUGGUGACAUCAGAUGGAUAUUACUCCCAGCCAAAUGCAUUCUACUCCUCAGGCUACAGUGGCUUUAGAGGAGGACACUCAGCAGACCAGCGGUAUACAGAUUACACAACAAAUGAUCCAACACACAAUACAGCAGCGUACACAGGAGGGCUGACAGAGGAGGAGCAGCUGGAUGCGGCCAUCAGAAACAGCCUGAACGACAGAGGCCGCAGCAGCCAGAGAGGAGCUCCUCCUCCUUAUGGUUUCCACCUGUCAGAGGACGGUAUCACAGCCGAGGAGAUGAGGAGGAGGAGGCUGACGAGGUUUGACCGCUGAACUCACAGCCGGCAGAAGAGAAGGAGCUUGAAGCGACAGAUGAGACGUCAGAGAGAGGAAUUUGUUUGUGAUGUCCGCUCCAAACACGACCUCCACCUGGCCUCCAGUGAUACCACACUGAAUGCAAAUGUUUUACCACAAAGUGUGCCAAAUGUUGCUGCUCUUCUCUGGGCAGUUUUGUCAAAUCCGAUGCCUUUCGAUGAGGUCGUUUACCAAUCAAAGGGAAGAUUCUGCCACCAGACGCUCUUACGCUGUACCAGUCAGUGGAUCCCAGGAGUUGUUUUCUCAUGAUGGUGUUGUAAUAUUAUUUUUUUGUUGCACUCACUCUGCCUCAACUUAGCUUUGUGUACUUCUUCAGUUACUGACAAACGACAGUUUCCAAAAAUCUGGCAUCUGUUAUUGAUGUUUUAUAUAUUUGAGAAAUGUUCUGCCAUCAAACUCCAUUGUAUCUGCACUGGAAAUGCCUUUUUGUGACAUCCUGUCUACAUCUGGCCAGGUUUCCGCAGCAAAAACACCAAAAAAAACAGGAUAGCUCCAGAGAUGUAAGGCACUACGCCAGCAGCUGUUGCUUGGAGAAGUAAUUUUGAAAUGCAGUGCACGGUAACUACAAUAUCUGUUAUCUCAGACUGCUUGAUGCUCUUAGUCCUAGAUGCUUAAACAUGAGUCAGCUCUUCUGGGCACACGCAGCACAAUCCUCACCAUUUAUGGACAAAAGCCUCUGCUUGACAGGACAUCACCUAAGGCUGAGCUUACACUGCACAACUUUUUCCCCAAUUAUUCUGGAGCGUUUCUGUGUUCCCAGGGUCCUGUGGUCCUCAGUCCAGUAUUCUGUUAAUACACAUUAACCCUAAUUCAGAGCUGGGGGGCGUAUUUUUCAGGUUUCCUUUUAUGAGUUAUAAGAGCUGGGGAACGUAGGAACAUGGGAACAAAGGAAUCACCCCAAUAAUACGUCACCUCAAGUCAGAAAUGAGCAGAAGAAUGCAUAAGAGCUUCUUUCCUCACUGAGAUGGCCAGAAAAACUGAUUUGUGGCUGAUUUACAUUUUGAAUGCUCUGCAAAAAAUAAUCAUAUAUAAAUAAAAUCUCUUUUGUUUUACAAUCUAUUUUUGUAUUAACACAAUAAAUGUGUAUGUUUUAUAAA